CGGGGGUUCGACGUGUCACGUGGCUCAGCCAAUAAUAACCAAGGACCGGAAUUAAAAUACGCAAGUGGAAUUUUACAUUUGAUCCCGUAAACAGAAAGUUACGGACGGGUAAACACGCAGAUUCCAAAACCGUAUAUAGUGAUUUAUUUCUCCGCGGCAGCACGAGAAGCGAAUCAGCCGGUUCUUCCGUUUCAGAGGACUUCCGUGUUUACAUGUCUGCAGCGGGCGCUGAUCCUCAUGGCUUUCGUUACGAAGAAGGAUCGCAGCAAAGAACGAUUCUCGCUGCUGCUGCUGGAUCUGGAGGAACAUUAUUUUGAACAGCACACUGCAUAUAAUCUGUCCAGCAGAGGUCUGGAGGCAAACAGGCGAACAAGUGGCUCACUAAAAAUCUGUUCCAAAUCAGUCAUUUUUGAACCCGAUGUUGCUGUUAAGCCUAUUUUAAAGAUUCUUCUGAAAGACUGCAAAGCAAUAGCAGCAGCGGAGGGAACUGGGCACAACCCUUUCAUAGAAAGUAAACCUGCCUGUAUUCUUAUAGAAACCAAGCAGAUUUAUCUGAUUAAAGAAGAAAAUGUGGUUGCUCCUUAUAAAUAUGAAAGGGGAGAGAAAAAGGUCACAUUUCAAUUGGAAGUGCCGGGAAAAACAGAGGAUGUUGUGCAGAUCUUAUUACAGUUACACAGAGCAUCCUGUCUGGACAAGCAGGGUGACCAAACAGCGAUGGUUGCAGCUAUACUGCAGUCCAGGUUAGCAAGAACAUGUUUUGAUAAAAACAGUUUUCAGCAUGUGACAGAAAUCCCACACAUGGAGUGUGUGGCAGAGAUGGUUUCUCCUUUGGUGACAAACGCUGGUCACGUUUGCAUCACUGAUGGCAAUCUGUACUUCCAGCCUAUGAACGGAUAUCCUGAUUUAGUGGUGCAGAUUGGGUUACAUAGUGUAAGACGCAUCUACAAACGAAGACAUGGGUUGAGGCCUUUGGGCCUGGAGGUGUUCUGCACAGAGAAUGAUCUGUGCUCCGAUAUCUACCUGAAGUUCUACAGCACUAAAGAAAGAGACGAGCUUUACUACUACAUAGCAACUUUUCUCGAAAACCAUAUAGCGGAGUGCACGGCCGAGAGCUACAUGCUGCAGUGGCAGAGAGGUCACAUCUCCAACUAUCAGUACCUGCUUCAUCUGAACAACUUAGCAGACCGCAGUGUGAAUGAUCUGUCCCAGUAUCCGGUGUUCCCCUGGGUCAUCAGUGACUACAGCAGCGCACAGCUGGAUUUGCUGAACCCUGCUUCAUUUCGAGAUCUCGGCAAACCGAUCGGAGCUUUGAACACGGAGAGACUGGAGAGAUUACUGGAACGCUACAGAGACAUGCCUGAACCUCGUUUUAUGUACGGCAGUCAUUAUUCAUCACCUGGAUACGUGCUUUUCUACCUCGUCAGAGUCGCUCCAGAGCACAUGCUUUGCCUACAGAACGGACGAUUUGAUCAGGCGGACAGAAUGUUCAACAGUAUUGGUGAAACAUGGAAGAAUUGUUUAGAAGGAGGCACAGAUUUCAAAGAGCUGAUUCCUGAGUUCUAUGGAAGCGAUGGCAGCUUUCUGAAGAAUCUGCUAGGUUUGAAUCUGGGCAGGAGGCAGGGAGGAGGCAGGGUUGAAAAUGUCGAAUUUCCUCCGUGGGCAUCAGAUCCAGAUGACUUUUUGGAGAAAAUGCGUUCGGCACUGGAGAGCCAGUAUGUGUCUGAACACCUGCACGAGUGGAUUGAUCUGAUUUUCGGCUACAAACAGAGGGGAAGUGAAGCUGUGGCUGCCCAUAAUGUUUUCCAUCCAUUGACGUAUGAAGGAGGAGUCGACUGCGAUAGCAUCGAGGACCCAGAUCAGAAAAUAGCCAUGCUAACUCAGAUACUGGAGUUCGGACAAACGCCGCGACAGCUGUUUGUCACUCCUCAUCCUCAGAGGAUCACUCCACGCUUCCACAACCUCUCGGCAACCCCCAGCUUCAGCAGCAGCAGCGAGCCCUCGCCAGCGUCUCCAAGUAUGGAAUCAUUUGAGGACCUGACUGAGGAGAGUAAGAAAAUGGCCUGGAGCAACAUGAACAAACUUGCCUUGCAGUCUUGCCACAAAAUACACAAAGAAGCAGUAACAGGCGUUGCUGUGACCCUCAGUGGGGAUUUCAUCUUCUCAACUUCUCAAGACUCAACGUUGAAGAUGUUCUCGAAAGAAAAUGGACUGCAAAGAAGUGUGUCUUUUUCAAACAUGGCACUGUCUUCCUGUCUGGUGCUGCCUGAUGAUAAGAUUGUUGUGUGCUCCUCCUGGGACAACAAUAUAUAUUUUUACUCAAUAGCGUACGGAAGAAAACAAGACACUUUGAUGGGUCACGAUGAUGCAGUUAGUCAUAUUUGCUGGAGGGAUGACAAACUUUACACAGCUUCUUGGGAUUCUACCGUGAAGAUUUGGAAAUGUGUAGCAGAUGACAUGUCCAAUAAUAAAAAGACUCAGUUUGAUCUGCUUGCUGAAUUUGAACAUGAGGCCGGGGUUAAUACUUUAGAUCUCAGCCCAGCUCACACACUUUUGGCAACGGGUACUAAAGAAGGAACACUCACUCUUUGGGACAUUGCCAACCCUCUCCCGCUACAUCAGCUGACCUGCCAUUCUGGAAAGAUUCAUCAGGUGGCCUUCAGUCCUGACAGCAGACAUGUACUGAGCGUCGGGGAGGACUCGUGUUUGGUGGUUACGGAUGUGCAGACAGGCAUGCUUAUUGCUACUGUACAUGCAGAGCAAGAGCAGAGGUGUUUCUGCUGGGAUGGUAACACUGUGUUAUCUGGAGGGAUGUCAGGAGAUCUGAGUGUAUGGGACCUCAUUAGCAGUAAAGUUAUUCACAAGAUACCUGCUCACUCAGGUGCAGUCACGUGUUUGUGGAUGAAUGAACAGUGCAGUACCAUCAUCACGGGCGGUGCGGACAAACAGAUCAUUCUUUGGAAACCGGAAUAUUAACAGUAGCACUUCAGUAACGUUCGAUAAAACAAUCCAGACAUUUUUCAGACCGUUCGGACCAAGGUCUCUUUUUACCAUGUGAUCCCACGGGACAGUACUAAACUCCCAAAUAGAAAUCUUGAUAUAAUUGGUCAAUGUUUUAUGAUGAGGUUGGUUGUAUGCAUUGCAGGGUUUUAAAAAAAUACAAGCACUGUAGAGGUUUUACAUUAUUAUUUAUGUUUUGUUGGAUCUGAAAGCUAGCUUGAACGUUAGCGGAAGAUACGGAUGUCCUGUUUGGCUCGGUGUUGUUUUUUUUUAUUUUUAUUAUACAUGUAUAACAUUUGGCAUGUCGAAUCUCUUUGAAAACAUGGAUAAAACGGCAACAAUUCAUACGAUUUAUGAAAGACAAUCAGUUAUUAUGAUUGUCAGUAUUAUUAUCGCUUUGAUAAAUGUAACCGCCAAGUCAUGCUUAUUAAAAAUCAAAAUACAUCAUGCUUGCAAAUUUGACAAAAUUCUGAUAUCAACUCUAGACACCUUUAUUAUCGGUGACUGAGCAAUGAUCAUAAGUAUUAAGUAGUUAUGCAUAGUACAUAUUUUAAGUACUGAAGGUUUGCUGCAGACUUUUUGAGCGAUAAAUAUUUGAUGGGGCUCUUUUUUUUUUUUUAACGUGCCUUAGUUUUUAAUAGUUUGAACUUGAGCGUUACUUUUAAUGCCCACUGUUUAAAUAUGCGUGCAUCUUCAGCUAAAAUGUAUCCAAAAACAUUACGUAUUACAAUAUAUAUAUUUAAGUAAAAGUUAGAGUAAAACAUUCUGCAAUAUAAUAAGCUUAACAGGUUAUGGAUGCAUUUCUGUAUAUACAAAUUUUAUAUUUCAUACACUCUUAUUUAUGUUACUACAAUGCCUUGAAAAAUUGCUCUUCAGUGAAGAACUCUCUGUGUUAUGUAUUUAAAAUAUAAAUUAAAUCUAUAUCACAAUAUUAUGUAAACCCUCAACGAGCUCUCAAGUUAUUAAAGGGGUAGUUCUCUCGAAAAUGACCGCCAUGCCCAUAUUUUUUUCCAAGCAUGUAUAACUUUCUUUAUUUUCUUUGGAACACAAAUGAAGGUAUUUGGUCAAACUUUUUCCCCCCCACACACUUUUAUGUUCUGUAAAAAAAAAGAAAUGUAGAAAUGCAUACAGCUUUGGAACCACAAGAGGGUGAGUACAUUAUAACGGUAUUUUCAUUUUUAGAUUAAAAAAAAUACAAAAAAGUGGCAUUUAAUGUGUGUUUUAGUAUAUUAGGUUAUAUGUUGGACUCAUUUUCCGUUCUGUAUGUUUUGGGUUUUAAUGUGCGUUGGUUUUUUUAACUAUGUAUUUUAUUGCCUGUUUGAAGAAAAACUGCUGGAAUUCUAAA